AUGAGUGUCCACGCCGAUUGUGUGGCGUCCGCCGAAGACCGGCGUCGUCAAUUGGAGUUUAGCCAACAGAUUCGGUCGUUUACGUCGUCGCACUGGUCCAACGGUGUUCGUUCCGUCGGAACAGACCAGAAGUAUGCGCUUCGAAAAGUCAGUGCUGCCGAAGUGGAAACCCUUGAGACAUUUUGUGGUUGCUCUUGCAAGGAUUGGUCCAACUGUUGGCUAUUGCUGAGUCCUGCCAACCAAGCCAGUGUCGAUCAGAGUCAAACGUUGAAAUCAUUGGUGUCCAAAACUCAUCUGGAUGGAACCAAUGUACUGAUUAUUGAGGCAAACCCUCCUGCCGCAAAGGAUGACACUGCCAUUUCAUCGUUGGAGCCAUGGACCAAGUGUCCCAUGGGCAUUCAUUCCAAUCUCUUGAUUUCCAACUCCAUUGUGGCCACGAAUUCUUGGGUGACUGGCAAUACUGCCAUUUGUGACACCCAUAUUCACCCACAAGCAGUCAUCAUGGGAUGUGGUGCCAUCACGGCCAACCCAAAAUUAUCUUCUCAAUUGGCUCUAUCUGUGGGACCCGAAAGUGGUGGAGCACGAAACCUGAUUGUCCAACCAGAAAGUGACAUGAUUCAAGUAUGUCAGCAACUCACCAAGAGAAACUUGUCCAGCAACAACAUCAACAACACACUACCAGAAACCAUUCCAAUAAAUGUCAUUUCCAGGCAUUGUAUUGUACGCGAUACUCCCACUAUUCAAGGGAUCUACAUGGCACCAUCGUCCUCCAUUCAUUCCGCCACAAACGUCAAGGACGUUGUCAUGCUUCCCACGAGCACAAUUCAACACUCGUCGACCGUUCACAAUGCUCGGUUGCAGUGGAAGGCCUCCAUUUCCAGUCAUUCCGAUGUUUCCGAUACAUUGCUCAUGGAGGAAGCUCAUAUUGGGCCGAACAGUCUCGUCGCAUCGUCCAUUCUAGGACCUGAUGUACACGUGUCUGCGGGAGAAUGCCACUGCUCCAUCUUGGGACCCAACACCAACGCCCAUCAUCAAUCCUUGAUCAUUAGUGUCUUGUGGCCACUAGGAAGAGGUAAUGUGGGAUAUGGAGCUAACAUUGGAUCGAACCACACGGGACGCAUCCCCGAUCAAGAAGUGGCAUCGGGGGAAGGGGUCUUUUGGGGACUCAGUACCGUCAUCAAGUACCCGGUCGACCUCAGCAUGGCGCCCUAUUCCAUUGUGGCGGCAGGGACCACCCUCCCACCCCAACGCGUCUGCAUGCCCUUUAGUUUGAUCGUCACUGGAAACGACAAUGUCCACAAUAGCAUUAUUCCGGGAUGGGUCCUUUCCUCGUCACCCUACACUAUUGCUCGUUCUGAGAAAAAGUAUGCCACUCGACGAAAAGCCAUUCGUCACAAACACUACACGGGCUGGAAAAUUAUUCGACCUGAAACGGUGAACAUGUGUCACUGGGCUCGAAAACAGCUCUUGGAGGCUGCUGCAGGUCCAACGACCUUUGUCACAGACAGGGCCAUUCCUGGCAUUGGCAACAAUAUCUUGUCCGAAAAAGGACGACAAACGGGCAUCAAGGUAUACACAGAAUGCAUUCAGAGAUUUGCUCUGGAGGGAAUCCUGUUUUGGAUGAUGCAACAGGAUGGUGGAACCAUCACAGAGCAAGAAUUGAAACACGAAUUUUCAUCAGUAGCAGCAGGUCAUACCGUGGAAAGCGUCGAUGCCCUUUACAAGCAAGUGACAUGGCCAUUGCUCCCAUGGGAGACAAAAACACCGAGCGAGCUUUGGUCCUACCAAAAGUCUCUGCUGUUGGAUGAGUUUCCGCCUAUGGAUAGCGACAACAUAUUCGCGUGGAUUGCGCGAUUGCUGACAAAGAUGGCGGAUCUGGAGAAGGUCCAUGCAGCCUCUAUCCUCAAGAGCAAGAAACGAGACGACCAACGUGGAGCCAAGACAGUGCCAGGCUAUGCUGGAUGCCACACGGCAGCUGAGGAUGAUCCCGUCAUCAAAGAAGCCAAUCAACGAGCAAAUGAAAUACAAGUCCAGGUAGAACGCAUCAUGGGAUCUUUCAAGAAACACCAACGAAGCAAGCUUUAG